AAUGGCUGCGCCCAUCGAAGACGAAGAUCCCUUUCCGCGGAACGACGAUUUUUACUCCUUAUUAAACGCAAGGAAGGAGGCAAGCCAAGAUGAACUGAAAGCAUCAUAUCGUCGUGUUUGCAUGAUUUAUCACCCUGAUAAACAUCAAGAUCCUACCAAGAAAAUAGAGGCAGAAAAAUUGUUCAGCAAAGUACAAAAAGCUUAUGAAGUACUCAGCAAUCCACAAUCAAGAGCCAUAUAUGAUAUAUAUGGUGUAAAAGGCUUGGAGGCCGGAUGGGAACUGGUUGAGAGAACCAGAACACCAGCUGAAAUACAAGAAGAAUAUGAACGGUUGCAAAGGGAACGACAAGAGCGGCGAUUAAACCAAAGAACCAAUCCAAGGGGCAGCGUAACAGUUGGUAUCGAUGCUACUGAACUAUUUGACCAUUAUGGAGAGUAUGAAGAUGAAUUUGGCUCCACUCCCACUAUUGAAGUUAGUCAUAUGUCUAUCAACCAGUCUGUGGAAGCCCCAUUGACUGUAACAGAGACGGGAACUCUGGCUGGCAAUCUACAAACACAGAAUGGAACUGGUGGUGGACAAAUAACGGCUUCAUUGAGAAGAGUCCUAUCAUCAAAAGGGUGGGCUGAGUUUGAAUUCGGAGCUGGAAAUGGGCCAAGGAUUGGCAUUAAAGGAUUCAGAAAUAUUACCAGGAGAAGUUUUGGUACUGUGUAUGCAAAUCUCCAAAUACUGCCAAAUGGAGCAAUCCGGCCGUCACUGAAUACGU